AUGAGCAACAGUAUAAGUGAUACACAUAGUAUUAGUAGCAGUGGCAGCAAGGGUAGCAAGAAGAAGGGAAAGGGUCACUCACGCACAAUGUCUGUGGAGCAACAGUUGGAGAAGGAGAAUGAGAAGGUACAUAAACGCUUCAACUUGGACCCCUCCAACGUCGUGAUCACCACGAUCAAAUGCUCAAUCAAGGGACACAGCGGCAAGCUCUAUGUCACCGAGUCGCAUCUGUGCUUCAUCUCCAAGAUGAUGAUGAAGGAGAAGAAGAAGAUCAUCCCCUUUAGCGACAUCCUCGAGGUCGAGAACGACAGCGCCAAGCAGGUGGUCAAGCUGGUGCGCAAGAAUGGCAAGACAGACUCGUUGCACUUCAAGGAGCACGAGUCGGCCUACCUGCUGCUCGAGGGCCAGUGGGAGGCCAGCGGCAGCAACCAAAAGGCCACGCGUCUCCAGCACUCGGACUCGGUCUCCUCCAAUCUGUCUGACUCGGGCAGCUUUGGCCACUUGCGCGUCAAGCACUUCAACCUGCCCGAGACAGAGUCGUUGAUCAAGGACUACCGAUGCGCACACAAGGGCACGUUCAAUCAGUAUGGCAAGCUCUACCUGUCGCAGCACUACAUCUGCUUCUACUCGUCGAUCACAUCGCUUCACAAGAAGACUGCCAUCAAGCUCAAGGAUGUCGUGAGCAUCAGCAUGCCCGAAAAGAGCAAGAGCUCCAUCCAGAUCGACACCAAGACAGAGACAUUCGUCUUUACAAAGUUCAACGACAAGAGAGAGACCGUGUAUCAGACCAUGCAGGACCUGUACGAGACGGCCAAGAACCUUCCAACUCCCACUGGCACACCUCUCUCAAGGUCCAGAUCAAACUCGAUUGAUCAGGGCCAGGACCAAGGUGGUCUGGCACCCAGGGCACACUUUAGAAGAAUGUCCACAUCUGAAGUCCCCUCCUCAAGCAGCACAACAACAAACAAUGACACAAAUGGUAGCAACAGCAACAAUCCAAGCAGAUCACACAGCAGACGCAACUCUGUACAGACUCCAACGACAGUGAGCACCUCACCCAGUCCCAAGCUGGUCACACCAACGCCAACACCUCCAAAUGAACCAAACAAGUCAAGGUCGAGCAGUCUGACUGGCAAGCAACCAACAGUAGUCGUCACACCUAGUCAUCCACUCUCUGGAAACAACUACAAUCCACCUACCAACAAUACGACCGCCACCACCGCCCCAGCUCAACCUCAACCUCAACCAAAGAUCAGCCAGAGAUUGGAUAAUAUUGAGAGCGUCAGUCCUACACCAAAGGCAGCACCAUCAAACAACACCAAGAUGAUGAACACUUCCUCCAAGCCUGGUAGGGGCUGCUGCUUCAUCUUCCCCUUCUAA